UGGGUCUGGGGUCACCUAUGGGAGCGGGCGUCCCUAAUUGGGGCUGAGCUCCCGAGUUCUCUAUACAGGGUCGGGGGUCCCCAUUUGGGUCUGGGGUCCGCAGUGGGGGUGGUGCUCCCGAAUUGGGUCUGGGGUCUCAAAUUGGGUCUGGGGUCACCAAUGGGAGCAGGCGUCCCCAGUUGGGGCUGAGCUCCCGAGUUCUGUAAGCAGGGCCGGGGGUCCCCAUUUGGGUCUGGGGUCCCGAUUUGGGUGUGGGGUCCCGAAUUGGGUGUGGGGUCUCCUGACGCCGCUCCCCGCAGGCGGAGCAGUUGAUCCACCCGCGGCUUUACGGCCACUUCCGGCGGCGCCGAGCCGAGAUGGAGCGGAGGGGGGAAGGCGCUUCGGGGGAACAGCUGCUGUUCUACGGCACCACCGCCCCCCGCGGGCGCGCGGUCUGCCUGCAAGGCUUCCUCGGCCCCCUGCGGUGCCGCGGCGUUCCCUUCGCGGUGACGGCGGCGCUGGCGGCCCAGGAGCUCCAUUCGCCCACUUCUGCCGACGGCACCAAAUGCAUUUUGGUGGCCAAAGUUCUGACCGGGAGCCCCGCGUUGGACCGCAGCCGGCGCCCGGCCCUCCACAUCUUCAGUGCCGAGGACGCCUAUCCGCUCUACCUGCUCACCUGCCGGCGCCUCGGCGCGGCCUGAUGCCGGCUGUGCCGUGUGCCGUGGGCACGGCUGUGCCACCAGCUGUGAGCCGUGGGCUUACCGCGUGUGCCGUGCUGUGCCACGAGCCGUGUGCCAUGGCCUUACCAUGAAUACAGUGCUGUGCCACCA